AUGUGUACAUUCAACUUUCAAAAAUGUGUCGUUUUAGUUAAAAUUGAAUUAAAAUAUGUAGUUGCAGUUCGGUAUAAAGCCCUUAAGGUGACAUCAAAGAAUUCUAUAAAGACGGCGGCUAAUUUGUCGUACAAAAUCUACGGAGACCACCAUGGCUCAGACGAACCAACGAUACUACUAUUUCACGGCCUAUUAGGGAAUAAGAAGCAUUGGGACAGUAUUGGGAAAACAAUGCUAAAUGUAACUAAAAGAACGGUUGUUUCUGUUGAUUUAAGGAAUCAUGGCGACAGUCCACACGUCAACUCCCAUAAGUAUGAGGACUUGGCGAUAGAUAUACUAAAGUUGUUAGAAAGAUUGUCAAUUGCGAAGGCAAGUCUUGUUGGGCACAGUAUGGGCGGUAGAGCUGCUAUGAGCGCUUCUCUUAUAGCGCCAGAAAAAAUUGCUGGUCUUCUGGUAGUGGAUAUUUCACCGAUAUCAAGUGCGAAACAACUAACAGAUUAUUUACCAAAAGUUUUGGCCGCGAUGAAGAAAGUGAGCUUUAAAAAACAUACGAAAGUUACUGCAGCCAAAAAAGAAGCUAAAAAGCAAUUAGAAAAUAUUAUAUAUGAUGAUUUGUUAAUGAAAGCGGUGUUAUCAAAUAUAAAGAUGAAGGCAGACCAUUCAAUCGGCUGGGCCUGCAAUGUAGAUGUCUUAGUCAAACAUUUUAAAUAUAUAGCAUCAUUUCCAGAAAGUUUAAAAGUCCAAAACAUUUUACGGCCCAACAUUGUUUAUUGGAGGUCAACUUUCAGAAUUUCUUCCGUAAGAAAUUUGAUAUUU